ACCAACACCACCACAGUCCACACCAGUCUGGAAAAGUCCUGUCACUUUUACAACUCAAGUUCUCUCUCUUUCCUUCCUUCCUUCCCAUCUUCUUCCCCAAACUUCCUUGAAACUUCAAACCCUAAACUAAAUAAAACUUUUAAUUCCCCCAUCAACCCCUCAUCUAAUUACUAUUAUUUUAUUCAAAUAAUAAUUAUUAAAAAAAGCAUUACUCAAACUCACUCAUUUUUUUCUGAAAUUUUCUUUCUUUCUUUCUCUGGUUCUUAAAAAUGGGCACACCAAACCCAACCCAACCCGACAAUGGGCCCUGAUUCAUUCCGCCGGCAAUGGGAAAGCCCGGAGAACACCACCUUCUGCCUUCCGGUGUCGCCGCCGAGGAUCCGCGGCGGAAUGCGGCGUCUCCGCCGGGAUGCGCCGUCGGAUUCCGAUGCCUCGUCGUCUUGCUUUUCUCGGUCGCGGUUUUCCUCUCCGCACUCUUCUGGCUACCACCGUUCGCUCACUUCGCAGAUCCCAAGGAUCUGCAUAUAAAUUCUAAGUACAAAGAUCAUGAUAUUGUUGCAAGCUUUUAUGUGCAGAAGCCAGUUUCUUUGCUGGAAGAAAACAUCUUGCAGCUUUCUAAUGACAUUUUUGAAGAGAUAGGGGUUCUCUCUACCAAAGUGGUCAUCUUAUCUCUGGAUCCCUUACCACAGUCAAACACGACAAAAGUGGUGUUUGCAGUUGAUCCUGAUAGUAAAUAUUCAGAAAUGUCUGCAGCUGCCAUUAGUUUGAUUAGAGCAUCAUUCAAAUACCUGGUUAUACGCCAAUCAUAUCUCCAGCUCUCUACAUCCUUGUUUGGUGUUCCCUCUGUUUUUGAGGUGCUGAAAUUUAAAGGAGGGAUCACUAUCAUUCCACAACAGAGUGUGUUCCCUCUGCAAAUGGUGCAGACAUUAUUCAACUUUACUUUGAAUUUCUCCAUUUAUGAAAUACAAUCAAAUUUUGAUGAGCUGACAAGUCAGCUAAAGUCUGGACUACAUUUGGCACCUUAUGAGAACUUGUAUGUCAUCUUAUCAAAUUCUGAAGGUUCUACAGUUACUGCUCCUACUGUUGUUCAAUCAUCUGUCCUACUUGCAGUUGGGAUUCCACCAUCAAAGGAGAGGCUAAAGCAACUGGCACAAACCAUAAUGGGACAUCAUUCAUGGAACCUUGGGUUGAAUAACACUCAAUUUGGUAGGGUUAAGCAGGUUCGACUUUCAUCUAUCUUGCAACACUCCCUUCAUGGCAAUGGUGGUAAUGGUUCACCUUCCCCUGCCCCUCAGCCUCAUCCCCAUCCCCAUCCUCACCACCAUCACCACCACCACCAUCAUCAUCACCACCAUAGUCACCACCACCAUGCCCACGUAUUUCCUGAAACUUCACCUGCACCUGCACCUACACCUACAACUGGGGAAGGUUCUACUUCACACAAUUUUGGUGCCCCUGCUGCCCCUGCAAGAAGUUUGCCUGCUCCAUGGAGAAGUUCUUAUGCUCAACCUCCUAAUUGUCGAUUUGAGCAUAGAAAGAGAUCUCCCCGGAAUAGUCAAAAACAUGCUCAUCUAACACCUGCAGUUUCCCCUACUAAUGCUCCACACUAUCCUGUUGCCUCACCAUGGGUUGGACCUCCAGCACAUGGCUUUCAUUCUUCGGUUCCUGCUUUGAGUCCUUUACCAAAUGUAGCAUUUGCACAUGCUGAGCCCCCUCCUAAGAAUGAGCCAUCUGCUGAACGUCCUAACUCACAUUUUCAAGGGCCAUCACCAUCUUCAUCUUGUGCAGGUUGUGUUGGGACUGUCAAAUGGACAUCUUUAAUGUUUUUAGUACUUGUAUUACUUGUAUAAACAAAUUCUGAAGGUGAGCUACGCAAAGGCUAGCUUCACAUCUGAGUGGAUACAAGUUGUCCGUAAGAGUGUAAAUAGUUGAUUGAAAAAGAUCCAAGAUCAAAUGUACCCUUUAAAAAAGGGAAAAAGAAAAAAAAUCCAGACAGUGCAUGAGUAUUCAGGUCAAAGUCUACAAGUGACAGGCCUUGAUUAUAUGCAUCACUGCUGUUCUGUAACGUUAGAUGGAAAAAGGAAAUGAAAGGAAGAGAUUUUUUUUUAUAACAAUUUCCCGUUUGGUUCUCAUGGCUUAUACUUGAUUUUGUAUGGUUCACUAAGCCAGCUAAAGAUGUUGGCCUAGCUAGACAAGGGUUAUUGCUUUGGGCAUCAGUUGAAUUGCUGGUACCCCCAGUAAAUUUUGUAAAUCCCAGUGUUAUCCCUUCCUAUUAUAACUUCCUGAGUUGAAUUGCUGGUACACCCAGUAAAUUUUGUAAAUUUCAAUAUUAUCCCUCUCUUAUAACU